UCUCGAACGUGACUUGCGUGCUUGGAUCUUUGCGUCCCUUUGCGUGUGUAUUACAUAUUCUUCGGGGUCAAGAACAGGGGCUGCCCUGGAAACUGGACUGUUGGUGCCAGUCUUGUUGUAAGCGAUCGGGGGCUUUCUGUAGAGGGUUUGUGUGUGGGGAGGAGGCGAAGUCGGGCGGAGAGCAGUGCGUCAAGGCUCUUGUUCUGAUCGGUAGUGAAAUGCGCGUCUAUCUGGCAGAAGACAUAUAGUAAGACCAGGACGAUGAUUUGUACUGCUUUGAAGUAGACCUGCCAGAAUUCUUUGUUGUUGAAUGUGAGCAACUCAAGAGUUUGUUGGAGGAAGUGCCAUUACGUGCUGAACGGUGUCGAGCUUUACCUUUUCUUCACGUCUCACUGAUCGAGAGUCGCUUUGCGUUUGCAUUUCUCUAAGAUAAGUUCUAAUAACUUGGGAGGUAGUUUAGAUGUUCCAUUUCUUUAGGUUUGCUUCAGUUUGCAAAACAUAUGAUGCACAGUUUAGACUCUAAAUGUCAUAAAAUCUGCAUGUCUGGUUUAGACAGAGAUUAUUCAGACAAUUAAUUGGUAGUACGUAUUUGCCUCCAAUGCGCUAGCUGCUGUAUAAUAUAAGCGACUUGACUUGGCAUCGCAUUUUUAUGUCGCCCUCGUUCGUGCGGGACCGUAUACGAAAGUGCUUACUGGAGCGUGUAGAUUUUUCAUGAGCCUGUCGUCAAUUGAUCGUGAUGAUGGAGUCCUGAUAACUUAGAGAAUUGUUUGCGAUGAGUGCAUUGCAAACUGCAAGUACGCAGGGUAGUGGCACACAGUUAUGGUAUCUGCUUGGCUUUUCGUCCCUGAAGAGAUUCGUCAUUUAUGUUUGAAAGCUUGUGAGAGUGAGUAAUUAUUUCAUUAGUUUGCAUCAUCCCGUCGAGCGGCCUGCUAGGAAGUUUAAAUACGAAGAGUGGGUUUUACCUGAUAUUUUUUUCACCUAAGGUUCCAUUCUGUGCCCAUUUGAUAUGUUAAAUUAUCUGUAUAUUCGCGGUUAACCUAAGUUGUAUAUAUUUUCUUUAUAUUUCAAUUAAAAGUGACGUAAGAGAGAAUUGCCUCUUCGCAUCUUUGAAUAAUUCUGCGAUCUUACGUUUAUCUAUAUGACUGUUAUUGAAAGCUCUUGAGUACCGAUUCGAAUGCUUCGGAUAAUUCUCUUUCCUUCACCUUGAUUUUUUUUAAUUUAUUUGUUUAUCUUUUGUUUUGUUUUGCUUUUAUUUCUACUUUUUUCGUUUUGUUUUCUUUCGAAAGCGAUAUUUUUGAAAUUAUUACUACUGUUGUAUUCAAGCAGUGAAAAUGCUUCUACAAAGUAGCUCGAGAUCCAACAGACCAAGCACAGGGAUGGGCGUUGACUCACACAGACUAGAUUCCUCUGCGGGUGAUGCAUUCAACUCCGAAGAAUACGAAGACUUGGGGGCAACAGUGGCCAGCUCGAACUAUUUAUGGGUGGACCCUAAUAUCUUGAAGCUUUCGCAUAGAAUUGGGAGGGGUCCAUUUGGUGAUGUUUGGCUAGCUACUAUACAUAGUUCGACCAAGGACUUCGAUGAAUUUCAUGAGGUUGCUGUGAAGAUGCUGCCUGAUUCACGUGAACAUAUGCACUCCUUACUUCAAAGGUUUCAAUCUACAUACCAACAGGUUGAGACUGUGAGGGGGGUAUGCUGGCCCCAGGGUGUCACCAUAAAAAACGGAAGGGUUUGUAUUAUCAUGAAGUUUCUUGAGGGCUCUAUUGGAGACAAAAUAGCCCAUCUCCCAAGCAGCAAGCUGCCCCUCGAAGACGUCUUAAGAUAUGGUCAACACCUACUCCGAGGCAUCUUGGAGCUUCACUCGCAUGGAGUUCUAGCCCUCAAUUUAAAACCGUGUAAUUUCCUUCUUGACGACCAAGAUGUGGCUGUGGUGGGUGAAUUUGGAAUUCCAAUGCUAUAUGCGGGUAUGGUUGCACCGUCGGAGCGAACAGUUUGGCUUGGUUCUCCAAAUUAUAUGGCUCCCGAACAGUGGGGCGCUAAUGUAAGAGGUCCGGUUUCUUUUGAGACUGAUUGCUGGGGUUUCGCCUGUAGUGUAAUCGAACUUUUGACAGGUGAAAGGCCGUGGAAAAACUUAACACCAGAAAAGAUAUUUAAGGCCGUAGUGGACAGACACGAGAAACCCAACGUUCCAACUGGUUUACCCCCUUCCCUGGAGAGAGUGUUGAAGAGGUGCUUUGAGUAUGAUUACCGGCGUCGCCCGUCCGUGCAUGAGAUUCUUCAAACCUUCAUUGAUCCCAGCGAGCCCUUCAAAGUUGGUGACUGGAUUAUUGCUGGUGAGAAUGAAAAGGAGAAGGGCCAGGGCGUUGGGGUGGUGAAAACUGUACUAGGUCCGGACAGUGUUAAAGUACAGUUCUGUGACAAACCUAGGGAGCUCACGCAAUUCAGCGGGGUUAACCAGCUCAGUAAUCUCUCAUUGUGGAAGUACUCAUUUCAAGUCGGUGAUUCUGUGAGGCUGAAAGCUUCUGUCAACAGUCCUCGAUUUGGGUGGCCAGGUGAAAACGCAACUGAGGGAACAGUAUCGGAGAUUGGGAUAGACGAUGCCGUCUUCAUUGUUGUAUUCACAGGCUCUCAGCAAACUUGGAGAGCUGAUCCUCUUGAACUUGAGCGAGUGGCAGGAGGUAUAGUGGCUAAUGACUGGGUUCGAUCGCGUAAUCUGGUAGAGUCGAAUGGACAGAAUCCGUCCCGUAUUGGAAUUGUGCAUCACGUUGGUCCCUCAGGGAGUUUAAAAGUUUCUUUCUUCGGACUUGAAACUCUUUGGACAGGAGAAGCAGCAGAUUUUGAGAAUGUUUCACCUCUUACUGUUGGCCAGUAUGUGAGAUUGAAACAAGCAGUGUUAGCUCCUAGGUUCAAGUGGCCUCUGACCGAGUGUGGCGAGUGGGAUACAGGACGUAUUGCGCAUGUCUUACCUAAUGGUGGCUUGAUUGUUGACUUUCCGGGCCGUCUCUUCCAUGGUAAGGGUUGGUGGGCAGAUUCUGAGGAGAUUGAGGUAAUUCGGAUAAGCGAGAUCGAGGGGCUUUUGAAAAAAUACCAGCACAUCGAGAAGAUGCACUGGGUCGUACGUCCAGCUGUAUCAUUGAUCGGUUUACUGGUAGCUGUGCGUACUGGCGUAGUGGUAGUGAAUUUGGUGACACGACCCUUCAGGGGAAAGAAACAAGCGGCUGUAACCGAUGAAGCUGGCAUAAAACCUGGCCAAUACCCAACUGAUCUAGGUAAGACGAAGAAGGAAGGGACAGGCUCAUUGGGUUCCGUUUGGCUGCCCUCACAGGUUGCCGCAGCUACUUCUAGUGUUGCUGGCAUCAUGUUUGGUAAGGGUGAGUUCUCAACUUAAGGUGAUGCUGCAUACAUUCAAAGAUAUGUUUUGUAAUUUAAGGUGUGCAUUAAGUAUGCAGAAAGUUAAGUCGCUGUAUUUAAACCUGUAGAAAUUUGUGGAUUAGUAGAAUGUUUGAGAAUCUCCAUCCCACUGGACAUGGGUUGUAUAUGAUUUGCAUAAAUCCUUUUUAGCCAUAGCUCCCCAGGACAGAACUGGAACAAAUAUUUUGUAUUUACUCCAGCAAUGUAAAUAUGGACAUAUUUUGCAUUAUGACUUCUCAAAAGUGUUAUCUUUAUCUUUUAA